GUCAGUUCCUCUACUGCCGUGUCAGCCGCGGACAGCACUGCCGACGCCGGAGUAGCCAGGAGGAGCGACAUGUUUGGGAUGUGGAGGACCCUCAGCGCAUGUGGCUGCCUGCUGAUGCUCAUUCAUUCAUUCAGCGAUGCAUUCACAUGCGACUCCAAACAGCUAGAGUGUGCCAACGGACGGUGCAUCGGUCGCAGGUGGAUCUGCGAUGGAACAGACGACUGUGGAGAUGGAACCGACGAGCUGCCUGAAAUGUGCAGUGCCAGAUCCUGCACAGACAGGGAGUUCAGCUGUGGAGAUCCUCUGCAUCAGUGCAUUCCCAUUCGCUGGCAAUGCGACGGCAGAGCGGACUGUGACAACGGAGCGGACGAGAAAAACUGCACGACCAAACCGUGCACACCAGACGAGUUCCGUUGCGCCAGCGGUCAGUGCAUCUCUCUCAGCUUUGUCUGCGACAAAGACGACGACUGUCCCGACGGGUCCGACGAAAUUUCCUGUCCCAAGCCCACCUGCAACACUCGGUCGUUCCAGUGCAACAACUCUGUGUGCGUCCCUGGACUGUGGCGCUGCGACGGGGAGCCGGACUGUACGGACGGCUCGGACGAGUGGCCAACCAACUGCCAGGGAACCGUACCCAAGAAGAAGGAGAGCACUUGCGCUGUUCAUGAGUUCCAGUGUGGCGAUGGCGAGUGUAUCCACGCUACAUGGCGCUGUGACGGAGGUCCCGACUGUCAAGAUCACUCGGAUGAAGCUGACUGCAAUCAUCCCACCUGUCGUCCCAAUGAGUUCCAGUGUCGGGAUGGGACUUGUAUCCCUGGCAGCCACCAGUGUGACUACACCGUCCACUGCAAGGACAUGAGUGACGAGCUAGGCUGCCAGAGAGAAAAAGUGUGCGAAGGCCAGGACAAGUUCAAGUGCAGCAGUGGUGAAUGCAUCAGUAUGGAGAAAGUGUGUGACACCAACAAGGACUGCAGUGACUGGUCGGAUGAGCCCAGCGAGUGUGACAAUAAUGAGUGUUUGUCUUCAAACGGCGGCUGCUCUCACAUCUGCAAUGAUCUGAAAGUUGGCUUCAACUGCUCCUGUCAUGCGGGAUACGCGCUGAAGAGCGACCAGAGGACCUGCGACGAUAUUGAUGAAUGUGCUGACCCAGACAUCUGCGCUCAGAUCUGCACUAACCUGCCAGGGAGCUACAAGUGUGAGUGUGACGACGGUUAUUCCAUCGAUCCAGCCACCCAGACCUGCAAGGCUAUAUCCGGUGCGGUGGCCACCCUCUACUUCGCCAACAAGCACGACAUCAGGAAGUUGUCGGUGGACCGCAGGGAAUAUGUCCGUCUGAUUCCUCAGCUGAAGAACACGGUGGCUUUGGACGUGGACAUGUCCAACAAAGUCAUCUUUUGGUCUGACCUGUCGCUGAAGAAAAUCUUCAGGUCAAAGCUCGACCUUGCCGGUCACUUUUUGAACCACAUGCCAGUGAUCAGCAGCGGGCUUGAAGCCCCAGAAGGCAUUGCAGUCGACUGGAUCCACGGAAACCUCUACUGGACCGACGGUGUUUUGAAGACCAUCUCUGUAGCAACGGUAGACGGCGGGAAGUCAAAGACCCUCAUCACAGAGAAUCUGCAGAAGCCCAGAGCCAUUGCAGUGGAUCCUGUCAAUAACUUCAUGUACUGGACUGACUGGGGUGACGAUGCCAAGAUCGAGAAGUGUGGUCUGAACGGCGCCAGUCGCAUCGCCCUGGUGACGGACAACAUCGCUUGGCCCAACGGCAUCACCCUCGACAUGGAGAAUCAGCGUCUGUACUGGGUGGACUCCAAGCUGCACACACUGUCCAGUGUGGAUGUGAACGGUGGCACCAGACACACACUGAUUCACAGUGAAGAGAAGCUAGCACACCCGCUGUCCCUCGACGUGUUUGAGGAGAAGGUAUUUUGGAGCGACCUCUCGAACGGCGCCAUUUUCAGUGCCAAUCGUCAGACGGGCAAGGACAUCACAGAACUGGCUAUAGACCUGAACCACCCAGAAGACCUUGUUCUUAUCCACAAACUCAAACAACCGCUGGCCCGUAACUGGUGCGACGUGGGCAACAGUACGACGGGAGGUUGUGAGUUCCUGUGUCUGCCCGCUCCAGCCAUCAACCUGUACUCUCCCACAUACACUUGUGCCUGUCCUGACCACAUGACCAUGGGGGACGACUUGAGGAGCUGUGUGGCAGGAGCUCCUGAUGCAGCCGUGCCUGACGUGAGGGCUCCCGCUGUCAAACCUGCAGCAACAACCAAAAGUGCUCCAGCAACAACCAGAAGUGCUGCAGUAACAAGAGCUGCUGUGCAAAAAAACUCUGAAUUUAAUGACGGGUCCACCCACUCCACCGCAGUCUACGUCGUGGUGCCGCUUGCUGUUCUGUCUCUGCUGAUUUUCGGGGCCUUGUUUGUGUGGAGACAUUGGCGCCGCAGGAACACCAACACCAUCCACUUUGAGAACCCAGUCUAUCAGAAAACCACAGAAGAUGAAGUGCACAUCUGUCGGAAUGAUCCUGAGGGCUACGUCUAUCCGGAGAGGCAAGUGCUGAGCAUGGACGACGUGGAUUCUGCAUGAAGUGGCACCAGAAAGUGCUGAUGGAAGGAAAAAUGCCACAAACACCGCCGUGCUCAACAAUCCCCUUUUUCACCAGUGACCCAGUUCUGUGGCGAACGUGUGACCUCACUACUGUGCCGUCCAGGUUUCCUGUGAAAACUGGCUGCAGAACUUGACUGCAGGUUUGAAGCCAUCUCAGAAGUGUUUUUAACUUGAAUUGACCGCUGGGUCUUGAUGCUGCUGUGCCUUCCAGCCACACCAGUGGUUUUCUUCACUGGGUUUACAUGAAGGCCUUGAACUGGAUGACCUCACCGUCAUUGCCUGAUGGUUUUUGAAGCGGGAGGCACUUUCCUCCAGCUUCAUUCGCUUCCCAUUUGUACGCUGAACAGAUUUCCUCCCCUGUCUGUCUCAGCUGCUUGUCUCUACUGUGCUGCUCAUGUUUCAUGAAGACCAAUGAAGGCUACAGUAACUGCAAAGAAGAAACUGCUGUAAAUACACUGUAAAUAUUUUUGUAAACACUCCUAAUUUCACCUGUCUCUUCUUUUUUACAUUUAUGAAUGUGAAGGCUAAAGAAUUGUCAUUGAGAGAUGUAUUUAUUGAUGCUUACUGUAGGAGAGUCUGCAUAGCAGGUAUUUACACUUCAAAGGCCUGUUGAGUUAUUGGUGUUGGAAGGACCAAAGCAACCAUGCACUGUAGAACAUGUUUGACUCUGUUUUGUGGCUCACUUUAAUUUAUUUUCCAUCGAUAUUUUUUGUGCACAUGAAGUCGAGGGCACAAAAGUAAUGUCGUCUAAUGCACAGUGGUUGAUUUAAGUUGUAUUUGUUUGUUUUUUUAUUUUAUAAAUAAAUCCAUAUCAACUUGU